CACUUCUACAGCAACCCUUAACUCCACAUACUUAAUACACAUACCAACCUUUAACCCCGAAUACUCACACCAUAAUGUCUGAUGCCGAUGUCGCCGCUCUCCCACCUCUUCUCCGCCUACCCAAGGAGCUCCUCGACCUCAUAAUCUCGCACCUCGACUUCCCAGGCCUGACACACCUGCGAGCCACAUGCCGCACGACAACGGGCAUCAUCCCCGCGCAAGAAUGGAACCACGCCACACUCGCCGCGGCCGAAGACAGCGCCUGGGCCGCGCGGUUCAACCGGCUGGCAUGCAAAUGGUGCGCGCACAUGCGCCUCGCAACCCGCUUCACGGACAUGCACAAGCUCUCGAAGCGGCGGGGCUCGCGCGCCUGCGUCGACUGCCUGCUGCCGUGGGACGAGGGCCCGUUCUGGGACCCAGACUUGGGGCGCGGGGCCGGGAACUGGAAUUGGGGCUGCUGUUGGCCGCGUGAUGCGCGGCGGACAAGGUUGUCGGCGGAGAGGAGGCUGGUGGCUGUGGAGGAGGGGGUGAAGGGCUGGGCGGGGAGCAAUAACUCGCACCCAGCAACGGCCGCCAUCGCCGUCGCCACCGCCACCAACGUGGCGAAACUAGCUCCUGCCAACCAACCGGGUUUCUGA